AAAGACUUGAUGCAACGACGUGAGAAUUCCCGUUCAAGAACCCUCGCCUGUUGUGAUGCCUUCUGCAGAGACCUCAAUGGUCCAAAACCCGGACGGACCUGUUGUGGAGUUUGCAUGGUCAACCCUUUCAGCGGCUUUAAGCUGGAUUGGAGCCACCGUGCUUGGCCUCGCAGCGGGAACCAUCGUUGUCACAUCGCUGGCAUAUUUCAAGGGACACUACAACGACGUGCAACGAAAAAACUCCUCAGAACGCCUGCACGUCCAACUGUGCUACACGAAGAGCUGUCAACAUGCGGCCGAGGCACUAGCCACUACCCUGAGUUUCAACGUCAAUCCUUGCCACGACUUCUUCCCCUUCGUCUGCGACAGAUACAACGAACAUAUUCCAGACGCCUUCACAGGUGGACGCAACAGUAUCUUGAGUUACGCCAUAGCUCUUCUGUUCGUGCCCCCGGCCGCCGAGGGUCGUCAAUUGUCUGCCAUUGAGAAAGCCGCCACUUUGUUCAGAUCGUGCAUGCGUCUCUUCUCAUCGGACAACCAGGAUUCCAGGUAUGUGCUCUCCAACAUGAUGGACGACAUGCACGUCAGUCUGGACCUUCCGCCCCCGACUUUCGAUCCCUUCGAAUCGAUAGUACGCUUGGGAUUGGAGUACAACAUCCCCGUCUUCGUAUCCAUCGCCGUUGGAAACAACCUCGACCGGAGAAAGGGUAGAACCAUGCAGAUAUUGCACAGCAGCAGAGAGCUGGAGUGGUACGCCAAGAGGAAGAAGAAUCGCAGACAGGCACGGAAGGUAUAUCACGAGUGCUACAAGGCGUACUUCAAAGGCACGUACGACCAGACGUCGUUAGGCAUCAAAGCCGAUAUGUUCGCGAGAGAUAUUGAUCAGGCGGAGGAAGAUGCUUCUAAUAUCGCCUGAAUGUCCCUCUUACGGACUCAGAUAGGCCGUCAUACCAGGAGACGACAGUAGGACAACUUCCAGGUGACUGGCCGGUUGUACUGAUAAAUCUCGGAAAACAAUAUGUCCACGAGAAGGACGUGGUGUUCGUCGACCCAAAAGCCACUAAAUUUAUCAAAACUUUGCGUAGCCGUUUU